UGUGUGUGUGUGUGUGUGUCUUGUCUGCCAGGUCUAUGGACAUGCAGGAUCUAGCCAGUCCGCACAGCUGUGUAAGUGGAAGCAGUGAAUCCCCUAAUGGUCCCAGACUCGACAACUCCCAUAUCAAUACCAAUUCCAUGACCCCCAAUGGCACUGAAGGUGAUAGCAUCACAAUGCUCACCACAGCUGACUGGUUGUUAAGCUCUAGCUCACAAUCGGCUGCAGGGGCCAUUUUACACCAGUAUCCUCCUACUAUUGACUGCCCAGGACACAGGCCCAGACCACAGGCCCAGACCACAGGCCCAGACCACAGGCCCAGACCACAGGCCCACACUGAUCCAGACCACAGGCCAAGGACACAGGCCCAGACCACAGGCCCAGGACAUAGGCCCACACUGAUCCAGACCAUCCAUACUGUGUUUAUCCAGUCUAGCGGUCGUCAUGGCAGUGCCGAACCUCCUCUUCUCUUUUUCAACUCAGUCAUUGGAACCAGCGGCUUCAGCCCAAGACAAACACACCAGUUCUCCUCGCAGAUUUACCCUUCCAACAGACCAUAUCCACAUAUUCUCCCUACUCCUUCAUCCCAAAAUAUGGCUGCGUACGGUCAGACACAGUACACCACAGGAAUGCAGCAGGCCGCAGCCUAUGCAAGCUACCCCCAGCCUGGACAACCCUACGGGAUCCCUGCCUAUGGCAUAAAGACAGAGGGCGGACUGAGCCAGUCCCAAUCCCCWGGACAGGCAGGCUUCCUCAGCUACAGCUCAGGCUUCAGCACCCCUCAGACGGGCCAGGCUCCAUACAGCUAUCAGAUGCCAGGUGAGGAACAAAGAUAAUCAUAUAGUGUACUGUAAUCUCCUCAUAUUGUCUCCUCUCACGUUUUCCUCAAAUGCUUACCUCCUCUCAUCGCUUCUUCGUUCACGCCUCUCCU